AUGUGUCAGCGAAGCGCCGGAGAGCAGCGGUGUCGAAAGCGUAAUAAAAGUGGCGCGGAACAAAAAAGCCCCGGAGUGCAGCGGGCAGGUAGACGCGGCGGCUCAAAGCGACGCCGACCUGGGUGGCUGGCCGCUCGCCGCUCGCCAACGCCAUCGCACGUCUCAAUCCGCACCGGGCCUCCAGCCAUGCCGCCUUUCCUUUUUCCCCUACCGCAAUGCAGCUAUGUGUCGUUUCCGCUUUAUUUUUUACGACCGUGUUCUGCAGCGGAGAGCUAUAGCGUUGCUCUUCUAACAAAGACUUGA